AUGACAGGCGACGGUUCUUCCAAUCCGAGACUCAAGAAGAGAUGGUACGAGCAUCGCUUCACAAUGAUCCAACUUCGAUCCGUCGCUAUUGUUUCCGCACUAGGCCUCAUCAGCCACGUUGCUGGCUUGCCCUCAUCACGCACCUACGAUCAAACUAUCAGCUGUCCUACUAACCCUAACAUCACUCUAUCAUACAAACCCCUCAACCUAUAUCAGUGCAAGCCGGAUCACCCACGCCGCAGGUCCUUUGUCGGCCAGAUCGACAUCGCCCCCUUCACAUUGGACUCCCACCGGCAGACGCACAACGUCAGCACAUCGUUUUGGUUCUCCGAAGCACUCCCGAAUCCACAGAAAAGCCCACUCACCCUGUUGAUCAACAAUCGAUCUAGUUUGUUGGAUGCUGUGAGAGAGACUCCAAAAUUGGAUCCAUGCUUGUUCUUCGACUCUUCCAUCGAUCAGGACACCUCUACAUUUAACAGAUGGCGUGUAACUAAACCCAGCAAUUUCCUCGAUCUCCACAAACCAAUUGAUGUCCAGGUGUCGAACACCAGCAAGUUUGCGGACAAGGCCUAUCUGCACUCUCUCCAUUGCAUUCUCACAGCUUCCAAGCCACUCAGCGCCAGCAUACUCCCCUUCAAUAAGGACUCCUUGCCCGUCAAGCUAGAUUUUGUCGAUAAGACCCUGAGGGCCCGGCUCGAGCCCGAAGCACUGGCUCUUUUUAGUACCCCGUUGGCCGGAAAGAAGACUGAACAGGAGCUACAACAGAGCGCGGGGAGUGCAGAUGUAGAAGUCUAUGGCCUUAUCGCCGGCUACCUGGACUCCGCCGAGAAAGGCUGCGACGAGCCCAUAUCCAAAUCACACGAACAGGAUGAUGAUGCAAGCGAGCCCAACGAUUAG